GUUCUGCAACCAUUGGCAUUGAACUGGUAGAUCGCGCUGAUCCCCGGACUGGGAAUACAUUGUGACAUUACUGGAUUCUACUCCUCUGGAUUGGAUCAUUAUGGCCCCAAGAGGGGCCCCCCGCCGACCUGUGACCCCCGGACCGGACCCCCUGGCUCUGAUCACCGGAAAACUCUUCUCCUUCUUCCUCCUCCUCUCCAUGGUACUUCCAACUGCAUAUGGCCUCCCUACAAGGACAGAAAGACUGAUAUCUGAGAACGAUAAGUACUAUGCAGUAGACGGACAGGAUGGCCAAAUCUUGUGUCUCCUCUGCCCAGCAGGUACUUAUGUCAAAGACGAUUGUACUGUUCCUUAUACAAGGGGAACAUGUGAGAUUUGUGUGGAAGGUACUUUCAGCCAAUAUGCGUCGGGGUUGUCGGAGUGCCUUAGAUGUGACACAUGCCGUGAGGAUCAGGAAGAAGUGUCCCACUGUAUCAUCAAUAAGAACACCGUCUGCCAAUGCAAGAAGGGAACCUUCUGUCCUCCAGACCAGCCAUGUGAGAUUUGCAUGCCCUGUACAGGCAGCUGCCCUGAAGAUGAGGUGAUUAAGGCGCCCUGCAAUUCAACAUUGGAUUCAGAAUGCCCUCCUCCAAGUUCCUCCACUAGCACAAGAGAUACUAUCAUAGCCUGUGUAGUUUCAUCCGUCAUACUCAUCAUCAUCAUCAUUGCUGUUUGUGUUUAUCGGAAGAAAAAGAGCACUAACACAGGAUCUAAACUCUUUGGAAAACUAACUGUACAUAUCUGCAAGGGAAAUGAAGACCAAGAUGAAGCCAAAGGUGACCUGCUUCAAAGAGACAUUAUACUGCAGUUUAAAGAAGGAACCGAUAAAGACACAAAAGAAGGAAUUAUCUAUAAAUCGUGGCCCAUUAUUGUGCGGUUGGUUCCCAUAAAAGAGUUUGAGAGUUUAAUGAACUCUCUGGGACUGAGUCAUAAUGAACUGGAUAGAGCUAAAGCAGACAACCCUGGCAAUGUCAAUAAUCAGUACAGUGCCAUGCUGCAAACCUGGUACCAGAAAGGUGAAUUUGACAUCAAUACACUCCUAAAAUCCCUGCGGAGUCUAGGCUUGGAAAAGGCUGCACAUGACAUCACAGAUCAGCUGACCAGUGACGGACUGUACAUCGAAGAGAACCAACAAUAAGACUUGAUCAUUUCCAUAUGGUACUGCCUCUUGUGAUUUCCGGUUUUGACCCUUUGCCUGGAACCCGAUUCUGAUUUGUCAAUGUGUACUUGUAUUAUAAAGACUGACUCCAGACAAACUUUAUUUUUUAGAUUUGGAUAGAGUGGGAAAGAGUUAGAACCCCGGUUCUGGUUGCUACUGCUGUCUCUGUCCAGGUUAUUCUAACACCUGAAGAAAUUCUGCCUAAGGGGAUAAAGAGAGCAGUAUAAACCUGAUAUGUUUUUAUUGAUUUCUGUUUCCUUACUGAAGAGGCUUCUCUCUCUUUCUGUUCUAAAACAAAAUAGGAAGUGAGGAGAAAUCUCCCAAAUAGGGAAACAGACAGCAAUCAAAACUUGGCAGAUGGUCCAACUGUUUCCCACUCCAUCAAAAUUAAAAAAAACGAAAGGUUGGAUGGAGUUGAGCUUUUUGUUGUAAAUAUAAUGAAAACUAUGCAGUUUUAUAAACUAUGUAGUUUUAUAAUCUAUAUUUUUGUUUAAAAAAGAGAAAUACAAAAAAUAUAUAAAAUAUAAAACUACCAAAAAUAAUAAACUUUCAUCA